CGUUCGUCGAUGGAAGAAAAGCGGGCGUACAACUUUCAUCAGGCUGUCUUCUGCUGUUCGACCGUUACCUAUUUUGUAUUGAGCCCGAAUAUUUUUGGGCAUAUCUCAUUCUUCGUAUUAACAAGGCCAAAAACAAGACGGGAAAAUGGUUCUGUUCAUAAGAGAACAGGAAAAUAAUAUUUUCUUUCUUUCUAUCGGAUGAAACAAGGCAGGGCGUCGAAAAUGACGAUGAUCCACAGUGGUUUAAAUGGGAUUCGUAUUCCUCUCACUAUUCCCACCAUUUUCCUUCGUUUCUUGCUGCUGAGAUUGGUGGGUUUUUUUAGCAUCUGUCCAGGAUGAAUAAGAUUUUCAGCUCGAAGUCGAAGGGCUCUAGGAGACCAGACUUUUCCUGUUAUGGUGGUAUUGUAAGUAAGCCAUCAAGAGCUUUCAGUCAAAAUUCAAAAAAUAGCAGUGUGCAGAGUAAUAGUACCGUUUCUAAAAGUCAGACUAAUGGUACCUUUUCUAAAAGUCAAUUAUCUCCUUAUUCAAGUGAGAAUCAAGAAUUCUACCUCAAUAACAGUGUUGUACCAACUACCAGGCAUGGAUAUAUGGGAGCGAAAAAUUCUCUUGUUGACCCUGAAUUGUCAUCUGUUAGUGGAACAAGAGGAGAAAAUUCAUUAAGAGAAAGAUUUGAUCAGGAAAAAUCAGGUUUUAAAGGAAGCAAUACUUCAAAUUCAGCUGCUUCAUGUGCUGUAUCAGAAAUCUGUGAAAGCCAUUUAUCCUUAGCAGAUUCAGGAUCACCUGUGUUACUGCCCGUUAUAAAUGAUGCUUCAUCCUUAACGGCUGAAAAUCAUUUGACACUUCAAAGCAAUAGUUUAGAUACAAAAGCAGCUUCUGAUCCUUUUUAUGUACAUGAAACCUUUGAGGCUGUAACAGAUUCUGACAAAUUCCAGGAGGAUGAAAUAGAAGAAAAUGAUGUAACUGAAGAUACAUAUCUAAUCAACAUAAAUGAAGGAUUGAUAGGAACUUCUGUAUUAACAAGAAAGGCCCAUUCAACUAGCGUUCAGGCUACAUAUAAGAGAGGGCUGCAUAAUAUAUUACUUGCACACUCUGCUGCCUUUUUUUAUAAGCCAGAAUCACUUCAGUCAGGAGACAGUAUGAUUUGUGACAGUAUUAUACAACUUAACAAGUAUUUACGAGAUAGCAAAACUGAAGUUGAAGCUGGAGUCCCUGGAAAAUUUCUCAGCAUUGUCAUUGGAAAGGAAUUGCCAGAUCUGGGAUCCAUUGUUUCAGUGAUCACAUAUGCUUAUUAUUUAAAAACGAUGACUAAGUGCAAUCAGAUGUGCCCGGUUCCAAUCAUCAACAUGAAACGAGGUGACCUACCAUUGUUUCCAGAGGUUAAAUGGUUGUUUGAGUCAUGUUGCAUUGAACAAGCCUCUUUGAUAUUCAUUGAUGAGAUCAAUCUUUCUUACUAUAAUCAGUUUGGAAGCCUAAAAAUGGUGCUGGUCAACACUCAGACAGUGUCACUCACUCAGGAGAUGUUUAAGGAUGCUAUUGUUGAAGUUCUCAACUGCAAGCAGAUGGCUUCAUGCUGUACAUUUCUAGCCGAAAAUUUUGUGUUGUCUUCACCAACUACUUUGGCUGGGCAUGGCCUUAGUCGACUUCUGCUGGGAGGAAUACUGCUGGAUACAGCAAAUUUGACUAGUCCUCAAUGUACAGAUAAGGACAAAUGCAUGGCAACAUUAUUGAUCAAAGGAGCUCGCCAAACUGGUUGCAAUGGGUUUUUCCUACUAUUGAAGCAUAAGAUGUUUGACAUUUCAAACAUGAAAACCAGGGAUAUUUUGCGUAAGAAUUUCAAGAAUUGGCCCAUAAAACUUGGUGGACCCAGUGGUUCCAGCUUCAAGGGAGAAAUGGUUUCUGCUGGUAUGAGCUCCGUUGGAGUGUCCAUAAGCGAGCUUCUAAGCCGAGGAGAUUCUGUGAUUGAAGAAAUCGUUAAUUUUAUGAAAACCCAGAAACUAUUCUUUAUGGUGAUUGUUACUGGAUACUAUGACAAUCUGCAAAAAUUCAAGAGGGAGCUUGUCAUUGCUGGAGAGAAUGUUGACAAUAUUAACAGUCUAGUCCAUUUUUUCAGUACACAUGCCUUAAGAUUGAAACCAAAGAGAAUACUUCAAUCUGACUUCCAGGAUUUUAUUAAGGCAUUCACCAUUGGGAAUGCAAUAGUAUCAAGGAACAGAAUCGAAAUCUUGCUUGAUGAAUUUAUUUGCAGGACAGUGCUCCAAUAGCUGAUAAAUAUGUGAUCAUUAACAGUUUAUGUAUAUAAACUCUAUAUUUUCUCAUGAGAUUUAUCCAAAUUAAGUUCUUUUAUUUUUUAAA